AUGGACAAGAAAGGUCCUAUAUUGAUGAAGAGAUAUGAGUUAGGGCGAUUGCUCGGACAAGGGACUUUCGCCAAGGUUUACCAUGCAAGAAAUCUCAAAUCUGGUCAAAGCGUUGCCAUCAAGAUUAUUGAUAAAGAGAAGGUCUUAAAGAGUGGUUUGAUAGAUCAAAUCAAGAGAGAAAUCUCGGUCAUGCGUCUUGUUAGGCACCCCAAUAUUGUUCAACUGUAUGAGGUCAUGGCAAGCAGGACCAAGAUUUAUUUCGUCAUGGAGUUUGUGAAAGGUGGAGAGCUAUUCAACAUGGUAGUCAAAGGGAGACUCAAGGAAGAUGUUGCUCGGAAGUAUAUCCAACAAUUGAUUGGUGCGGUCGAUUUUUGCCAUAGCCGAGGGGUCUACCAUCGAGAUCUCAAGCCUGAAAAUCUUCUCCUUGAUGAAAAUGGUGACCUAAAGAUUACAGAUUUCGGAUUGAGUGCAUUGGCGGAGUCAAAGAGGCACGAUGGCCUUCUCUACACAACCUGUGGAACUCCUGCAUAUGUUGCUCCUGAAGUCAUUAACAAGAGAGGCUAUGACGGACGUAAGGCUGAUAUAUGGUCUUGUGGAGUUAUUCUCUUCGUUCUUUUGGCGGGUUUUCUUCCUUUCCAUGACCAAAAUCUCAUGGAAUUGUAUAGGAAGAUUACCAAAGGAGAUUUCAGGUGUCCUAAUUGGUUUCAUCCCGAGGCUAAAAAGCUUCUUUCGAGGAUCCUUGAACCCAAUCCAAGCUCAAGAAUAAGCAUAGCUAAGAUAAUGAGGAAUUGUUGGUUUAGGAAGGGAUAUAAGCAGAUUGAAACCCCACCAUCACCGCAAGGUCAAGCCAGAUGCACCUUGCUUAAGGAUGUUCAAGCUGCCUUUGAUUCAGCAACAGAUAGCGAAAGCAAUUCUCAGGAUAAUGUUAUGGUGGCUCCAAGAAGUCCUCUAAGACCAACUUGUUACAAUGCCUUUGACAUCAUAUCUCUCUCAAAAGGAUUUGAUUUAUCGGGCCUCUUUGAGAAAGAUAAGAAUCACAGACACGAAUCAAGAUUCACAACAACAAAAUCGGCCUCAGUGAUCGUCUCGAAAUUCGAACAAAUAGCUAUGACAGAGAGUUUCAGUUUUAAGAAGAAAGAUGGAACAUUGAUGUUAGAGGGCAGCAGGGAAGGAAGAAAAGGAAUGCUUGCUAUAGAUGCCGAAAUCUGUGAGGUUACGCCAUCGUUUUAUGUUGUGGAGAUGAAGAAAAAAUCAGGGGAUUCAUUUGAAUACAAGGAAUUUUGUGAUCAUGAAUUAAAGCCUUCUCUCAAGGAUAUAGUUUGGGCAUGGCAGGGAAGUGAGCAGCAGGAAAUGUAG